AUGUCCAACCCAAAUGGCCUACCUUGGCUCACAUUUGUUCUUGCCCCUGCUUUGAAUGUGAACAACCUGCUCUGGAUAACGAGUGUCGUCGUACGCAUCGCCUUUCUCAGCUGUCAGGAAAACUACCCCAUUGUCACCACAAACUAUGGGAAGCUAAGGGGAGUAAGAAUACCGCUAGUCAAUGAUAUCUUGGGCCCCGUUGACCAGUACCUCGGAAUACCGUAUGCCUCAGCUCCCACGGGUGAGAGGCGCUUCCAGCAUCCUGAGUCUCCCUCCUCCUGGACUGGCGUCAGGAAUGCCACUCAUUUCGCCCCAGUCUGCCCACAAAACAUUCUCGGCUUUUUGCCCGACGUCAUGCUCCCUGUUUGGUUCACCUCCAACUUGGAUAAUGUGGCCAAUUUCAUCCAAGACCAGAGCGAGGACUGCCUUUACCUGAAUGUCUAUGUCCCAACUGAGAAUGAUAUACAUGACAGUGGUCCCAAGCCGGUGAUGGUGUACAUCCACGGUGGAUCAUACAUGGAGAGCACCGGUAACCUGAUUGAUGGCAGCGUCCUGGCAAGUUAUGGCAAUGUCAUCGUGGUCACACUCAACUACAGGCUGGGAGUGUUAGGCUUUCUGAGCACAGGUGACCAAGCUGCCAAAGGGAAUUAUGGGUUGCUUGACCAGAUCCAAGCACUGAGGUGGAUUAGUGAAAAUAUUGGGGCGUUUGGAGGAGACUCGAUGCGAAUUACUGUCUUUGGUUCCGGUGCUGGAGCCUCCUGUGUAAGCCUGUUGACGCUAUCCCAUUAUUCAGAAGGUCUCUUCCAGAAGGCGAUAAUCCAGAGCGGGACAGCCUUGUCCAGCUGGGCAGUGAAUUACCAGCCUGCCAAGUACACUCGCCUGCUUGCUGAGAAGGUUGGCUGUAGCAUGCUCGACACCAUCAACCUGGUGGAGUGCCUACGGAUGAAGACAUACAAGGAACUGAUUGAGCAGGACAUCAUGCCCGCCCGCUACCACAUCGCCUUUGGGCCGGUCAUCGAUGGUGACGUCAUCCCGGACGACCCCCAGAUUCUGAUGGAGCAGGGCGAGUUCCUCAACUAUGACAUCAUGCUGGGCGUCAACCAAGGGGAGGGGCUGAAGUUCGUGGAGAAUAUGGUAGACAACGAGGAUGGAAUUUCGGCCAGUGACUUCGACUUUGCUGUCUCCAACUUUGUGGACAACCUCUACGGUUACCCAGAGGGGAAGGACACCCUGAGGGAGACCAUCAAGUUCAUGUACACGGACUGGGCGGACAAAGAGAACCCGGAGACCCGGCGCAAGACCCUGGUGGCUCUUUUCACCGACCACCAAUGGGUAGCACCGGCGGUGGCAACAGCAGACCUACACGCUCAGUAUGGUUCUCCCACCUACUUCUACGCCUUCUACCACCACUGCCAAAGUGACAUGAAGCCCGGCUGGUCAGAUGCUGCCCACGGAGACGAGGUCCCCUACGUCUUCGGUGUCCCUAUGAUAGGCCCCACUGACCUCUUCCCCUGCAACUUCUCCAAGAACGACGUUAUGCUCAGUGCAGUAGUGAUGACCUAUUGGACCAACUUCGCCAAGACCGGCGAUCCGAAUCAGCCCGUCCCGCAAGACACAAAGUUCAUCCACACGAAGCCGAACCGGUUCGAGGAGGUCGCCUGGUCCAAGUACAACCCGAAGGACCAACUUUACCUGCACAUUGGACUGAAGCCAAGAGUGCGUGAGCACUACCGGGCCACCAAGGUGGCGUUCUGGCUGGAGCUGGUGCCUCACCUGCACAACCUGAACGAGAUCUUCCAGUACGUCUCGACCACCACCAAGGUCCCACAGACGGACUCCACCCCCUUCCCCUACGUGACCCGCAAGCUGUGGACCUCCACCACCAAGCGGCCCCCACUGAGCCCCUCGCACAACCCCAAGCAGGCCAAGGAGACUCGGAAGUCCAACCCGGAGGAGACGACAGUGCUGAUCGAGGACAAGCGGGAUUACUCGACGGAACUGAGCGUGACCAUUGCGGUGGGGGCCUCCUUGCUCUUUCUGAACAUCCUGGCCUUCGCCGCCCUGUACUACAAGAAGGAUAAGCGCCGCCACGAGACCCACCGGAGGCAGAGCCCACCGAGGGGGGCUGCCAAUGACCUGGCCCACCUGCAGAACGAGGACAUCAUGUCGCUGCAGAUGAAGCAGAUGGAGCACGGGCACGAGUGCGAGUCGCUCCAGACCCACGACACCCUGAGGCUGACCUGCCCGCCCGACUACACGCUGACGCUCAGGAGGUCCCCGGACGACAUCCCGCUCAUGACGCCCAACACCAUCACCAUGAUCCCCAACACCCUUGCAGGGAUGCAGCCGUUGCACACGUUCAACACUUUCACCGGAGGCCAGAACAGUACAAACUUGCCCCACGCACAUUCGACGACUCGAGUAUAG